AUGCCGUUCGGACUCAAGAAUGCCCCGUUGAUUUAUCAACAACCCCUGGACAACUGUCUCUGGGGUUUCGUCCGGUUACCCCAGGACGAGGAACGACUCGUCGAUCCGGAGGUGUUAGAAUUCUUGGGAAUCUCUCCCGAGGACUCGAUCGCCCAGGUAUCCCAGGGCAUGGAGCCCCGGGGGGCGAACUGGGUCGCCCCGGAACAGAUGGGGCCUGUGCUGUCCCGGAGUUCGUACAUCGAUGACAUCAUCUACGGAGCUCCGUCCUGGGAUGACCUGUGCAAGACGCUGAAUGCCCUCCUGUACCGACUGCGGUACUGGACAUCUCCCCUCCCAAAGAGCGAAUUUGGAGUCAAGAAGUGCAAGUACCUCGGGCACGACAUCGCCUCGGACGGAAUCCGGACAUUCCCGAAACUGGCGGAAAAGGUCCUCAACUUGCCUUUCCCGAAGACCCAGAAGGGAGUACAGUCCUUCCUCGGGAGUCUCAACUACUAUGCUAAACCUACCCGUUCUCGCAGCCACUCUCUACGAAACAUCGGACGAGCAACCGGGCGAGAUUUGGAGAAACCUAGGCACGCGUUCAAGAUACUCAAGGACCGACUAGUGUCGACACCACUACUCCAGCACCCCGACCCCGGGAGGCAGUACGUAAUCAUAUUGCACGCCAACCCCUGGGCCAUCAGCGCGGUUCUAGGGCAGGACUACGACGGCAUCAUAUUACCCGUGCGGUUCGUGGGACAUGUUCUCCAAGAUGCCGAACUCAGGUACCACCCCGCCGAGAAAGAAGUACUAGCGCUGCUCCGAGUCCUGAACACAUGCCUUACUAUGAUUACGAGCUGUUCCGAGAAGAAGAUUCGUGUGUAUACCCGGUACUCGGUGCUGGUGUGGUUAUUUAAGUCCAAGACGGUGCCUCAAGUGGGCGGUCAAAUCAACCUGUCCCCCUGGGACCUGGAUAUCCGGCGAGUCGAGAACGAUGAAGAUGGCCUGGCAGCGAUCCUGGGAGCGGGGAUCCCCCCCCCCCCCGGGAACUCCUCGACGAAGUCGCCGAGACCCUAG